AGCAGAAAAAGAGUCAUUUAGCAUGCAAAUUUUUAGUCUAUGACAGAGGAAAAAGGGCACCACUUGGAGGAAGAGAGAGAAAGGAAGCUACUUGAAAAGCUCAGUUAUUUUAUUAUUGAUAUCAGUAGUGUGUCCUCAACGCCCCCUUCAUAACAAAGAAGGAAGCUUACUCGACUUAAACCAAUCAUUUGCGUAACUUUAGGAUCACGAUGCCUUCCCCUCUUUUUUUGGGGGCUCAUUCAUGCGUCUUUCUUUGGACUGUGUGUCUUGUACAAUUUUUUUUUUUUUUUUUUUUUUCUUUUCUUUCAACGUAAUUGCACAUGGAUACUGAAAGAACAAUGACCGGAAGAAAAAGAGCCUUUGAUAUAAGUGACAGUUCUUCGACCUCCAAACGCGUCCGUUUCGAUAGCAAAGACACCAAACCAUCAAGAAGCUUCGAAUAUGACGAGACAGAUUUUGAGUUUCAUCAUGAAGAUGAAUUGGAAGAACGAAAAUCCCGUCAUGGUGCUGUCAAUUUUGAUGUCUAUGGUAGUGACGAUGAGGAAGUCGGUGGAGGAGUCUAUGAUAGCGACUCUGACGAAGAAGGUGAUGCUGGAAACAAAAAAGAUGAGAAAGACACGGAGCCCAAAGUAAAAGCCGAUGAAGACUUUGACAUGUUUGGAAGCGGUGGCGGUGAUGAAGAGCCGACGAAUGAGAAGGGAAAGGGCAAACUCAACCCGAAUCAAGAAAUAGAAGGGCAAGAAUUUGAAUCCUAUGACCGCGAUUCAGUGGAAGGUGACAGUGAUGAGGACGAUUUAGAAGAAGGACAUUUGGAUGAGAAGGGUAAUUAUAUUUUGAAUAAAGCGGAUCCUCAAGCAUUUCACGAUAAUUGGAUGCAGGGUAUCACACGAAAGGAUAUCAACAAGGCAAAGGCUGCUCAUGAAAAACGUGUCAAAGAAGAAGCCUUAAAGGAAGCUGAACGUUUAUCAACUGUACCACAAUCUCAAACGGACGUUUACCGAGCCCUUGUAGAAUAUCUAGAACCAGGACAAAGUGUACAAGAAGCGUUAACAUCCUUGGCUAAUUCAUUACCAAAAAAAUUACCUGCUUGGAAACAAAAGAUGUUGGAUAAGAAAAACAAGAAUAAGGGUAAACAACAUGCACCAGCCACACAACAGCUAAGCGAACAAGAAGAAGCAACAAGACGUAAGAAAGUAGAGACCAUCACGGGAUUGGCAGAUCAAAUGAUGGCGUUGGGCCAUUUUACCAUCUAUGAGGAUACGUUUGAGAUCAUGGUGAGAUAUCUGCGUAAGGAAGGUGUUGUGCCGCAAGAUUGGUUACCGGAAUCCGCUGAAAAAGACUGAUGCUCCUUUCUUCUACAUCCCACCUCAUAUUCAUAUUGUUCUUUAUUGCCGUCAUCCCCAAGUAGUUGAAUACCAUUUACCUUUUUUCUUUUUUUAUCCUUUUUAGUAUCCUAUAAACGUCUGUUAUGUAUUUAUUUUUUCUAUUGUGACAUGCAGGAGCUUCAUUCAGCAGUGCUGCAGAAGCGCAUUUCAUAAGACACUGGGUUUAUUUCAAGCUUUCUGAAGCUUUUUGUGAUUUUUCUUAUUCUUGUGGUCCGUCAUACCAGCCGCUUCUUAUAAUAAAUGGUCCUAUCGAUUUCCAUGCACAGCUAAAUAUAUCAAUUGUCUAC